AUGGGGGCGCUGGCCGGGGGCCCGCUUGCUGCUGUGGCUUGCCCUCGGCCUCCCGCAAAGCCUCAUGUCUGUGUGCGCACACAUGUGCUCUCCCAUGCAGGGCUGAAGUGUGGAGUUCGUGCCAUCCAUUUGAGCAGUUCAGAAACUGACUUGGCAUCUGGGUUCUUCUCUAGAACCUUUCACAGGAGGAAUUCAACAGUUGGUCGACAUCCAUGGCAGGUCUCCCUAAAAUUAGGUGAGCGCCACUUCUGUGGAGGAAGCUUGAUCCAAGAAGAGAUGGUUGCAGAGAUGGUGGUUACAGCAGCCCACUGCCUGGUUAGCCUCUAUGAGAAGCAAAUUAGGAGUCUGACUGUGACUGCUGGAGAGUACAACCUCCGACAAGAGGAUGAGCAGGAGCAGAAUAUUCCUGUCUCAAAAAUUAUCCAUCCUAAAUACAGCAGGCUUGGCUAUAGGAGUUCUGAUAUUGCACUGCUGUUUUUAAAACACAAAGUCAAGUUUGGCAUUGCUGUUCAGCCGAUCUGUAUUCCCCACAGAGAUGACCAAUUUGAAGAAGGGAUUCUUUGCAUGGCCAGUGGAUGGGGCAGGAUUUCAGAGACAAAAGAAUAUUCAAAUGUCCUACAAGAAGUGCAACUUCCCAUCCUGGAUGACAGAACGUGUAAUGCUGUGCUCAAGGAUAUGAACCUUCCUCCGGUAGGAAGGACCACGCUGUGUGCCAGUUUCCUUGAUGGGGAAAAGCAUGCCUGCCAGUGGGACUCUGGCAGUCCACUUGUUUGUAGAAGAGACAAUGGAAUCUGGGUCCUUGUUGGGAUAACUUCCUGGGGAGCUUGUGCUAGCAAUUGCGCUCCUUUAAGAAAUAACCAUAGACGAGCAUCGCCUGGCAUUUUCUCCAAGGUGUUUGAGUUGACAGAUUUCAUCACUCAGAACAUGUUCACAGUAGGUGUAAUUUCUGUGAAUUCUUCCUCAUUUCAUUCCAAGUCAAAACUCGAUCAUACUUAUUUAAAGAGGAGUUUCUCUGAUAUAGAACAGAUUGGUGGUUGCCAGAGGUAGUGUUGAGGGGAGGAUUGUAGAUCUCAGGGAACAGUGCUGUUUGGAGAAAGUGGGAAGAUUCAUUGCCCCCAUUCUAAAGCAGGCAACUAUUCUCAUAAUUGCUUAUGUAUCUGGAAAAUAAUGGUACCAGAAGAUAAAAUUAUCCUGAUAAAAUUCACAAGCUUAGACAUAGAAAAUCAAGUUGGAUGUGACCAUGACUAUGUAUCUUUACAAUCAAGCAAUGGAAUGCUUAUUAGUAAGGUCUGUGGAGACAUAUUACCCUCACCACUGCUGACAGAGAACAGCGAGGCCGUAGUUACAUUUGUGUCUGAUACAGAAAACAGCGGCAGUGGCUUCGAGCUCACCUUUACUGCUGUACGGAAGAACUCGGAAGCUGGGAAGUAUUUCAGAUUUUCAGGUUGCAGGAGUGCGGCUGUAUUGGUGGAAGAAGGGACGAUUCAUUCUGCCAAUUAUCCUGACUUGUAUCCCAGGAAUGUAAGGUGUCGCUGGUUCAUUCAUGCUCCAGGGAAUCACGUUAUAAAGUUGGCAUUUGAGGACCUUGCUAUUGAAUUUAACGAAAACUGUAUUUAUGAUGCCAUCGUGAUUUAUGGUGAUCCUGAAGAGGAGCAAGAGUUAGCUAAACUUUGUGGAACCUUGAGCCCUACUCCAGUAUUCAGUCCUGGUGACAUGAUGGUCAUUCAUUUUAAAAGUGAUGGUGAAAAUAACUUCCGAGGCUUCAAGGCUAGAUUCACCUGUCUGCCCUCAGACUCUUUAAACAAAAUUGGAUCGACAUCACCUGCCAAAACCAAUCCUGUUUCUCCUGCAAAACCUAUUCCAUAUGGUGAGCUGAUGGCCAUAUAUAUCCUUUCAAAGGCCUUAUCUUACAUUGACUCCACAGUGAAGAAGAAUGAGUGUUAUAUUCAGGGAAGUCAGAGAAGGCUUCAUGGAGAAGAUACACUUGGGCUGAGUCCCUGCAGUAUUCCAGACAAGAGAAGAGCAUUAAGAUGCUGUGAAUUUGGUGUCUGUGGUAUCCCUCCGUUCAGUCCCCAGUGGCUUUCCAGAAGAAUUGCAGGAGGGGAAGAAGCCUGCCCCCACUGUUGGCCGUGGCAGGUGGGUUUGAGGUUUCUGGGCACUCACCAGUGUGGAGGUGCCAUCAUCAACCCAGUUUGGAUUCUGACUGCAGCCCACUGUGUGCAACUAAAAAAUAAUCCACUUUUCUGGACCGUUGUUGCUGGGGACCAUGACAGAACCCUGAAAGAAUCAACUGAGCAAGUGAGACGUGUAAAGGACAUCAUGGUCCAUGAAGACUUUGAUAGACUGACCUAUGACUCUGACAUCUCCCUUAUACAACUGAGCUCUCCCCUGGAAUUCAACUCCAUGGUGGGACCAGUAUGUCUCCCACACAGCGUGGAGCCUCUGCUUUCCUCUGAGAUCUGUGCUGUGACUGGAUGGGGAUGCAUUAGUGAAGGCCUAGCCAGUCGCUUACAGCAGAUUCAAGUGCCCGUGUUAGAGAGACAGGUCUGCGAACGCACUUACUAUUCUGCUCACCCAGGAGGGAUCACAGAGAAGAUGAUCUGUGCUGGCUUUGCAGCGUCUGGAGGGAAAGAUUUCUGUCAGGGAGACUCUGGUGGGCCAUUAGUAUGUAGACAUGAAAAAGGUCCCUUUGUCCUCUAUGGCAUUGUCAGCUGGGGAGCCGGCUGUGCCCAGCCAAGGAAGCCAGGUGUAUUUGCCAGGGUGAGUGUCUUCUUGGACUGGAUCCAAUCCAAAAUCAAAGGUACAGGUCCUGCUUCACUUCAGAUAGAUAAUGAAAGUAAAACCCUAACAAGACAACAAUUGCUACCAUCCACACCUUCAACAGACAGUGCAUCUAGGCCAGGCUGUUACUCUGAAGUGGAGCUAGAAGAACCCAGAGGCUUCUUUUCAACUCCAAGAUAUCCUCUGGAUUAUAGAGGAAAGCUGGAAUGUUCUUGGGUGCUCAGAGUUUCACCAAGUAGUAUGGCAAAAUUUACGGUUGAGUAUCUGUCACUCCCUGGGUCUUAUAUGUGUCGAGAUUCAGUUCUGACUAUUUAUGAAGAAAGCCACAGUGAGAGAAGGAUGGCAGGUGGACUAUGUGGAAGAAGGCUUUACCCAAAUUUCAUGAGCUCUGGACCACUCGUGAGGGUGUCUUUUCACUCCCUUGUGCAAGGUGCUUUUGGCAUAAGUUAUAUUGUCUUUAGAGUCCAAGGUCCAAAAAGCAGUAAAACUACCAAACUUCUCCAGGGUACAAACCAAGUGCAUGUGGCCACUUGUGAGGAUGUUAUUCUGACCAAACCAGCAGGAAUCAUACAGAUCCCAAGAUAUUUUCACAGAACCACUAUGAGCUGCCACUGGAGGUUAUUAGCCCCUUUAAAUCACAUCAUUCGCCUUGAUAUUAUCAACUUUCAGAUGGAACCAACACCCCUGGCCUGUCAGGGUCACCUGUGGGUUUAUGAAGGAUUUGGAGCAGACAAAAAAUUAAUAGGUAACUAAUUUCCCAUGAAGAACUAUGAUAUUGAUUUUCCUUUAAGAAAUAUUCUUAGAAUGUUUUAUAAUCAUUGUGUGACUUACAGAUGACAUAAAUUAGUCUCUGUGUGAUACUGGAACAGCCUUACUGUUACUAUUUUUUUAGAUUUGUAAUCGAGAUUAACCUAACAUUCUCUCAGAUUACAUUAAAAACAAAACCCAACUAUAUGCUGCUUACUUAGAUCAUAUCUAAAUGAAACUUGCCCAGAAACACUAAAAAUAAAAGAAAAAUAAAGCAGUUUUAGACAUAUGUAACACCAGAAAAUUUAGAGUAUAAUAUUAAUCAGACCAAAUAAUAUUCAUAGGAAAGGCAUUGAAUGGGUUUAUCAAUUAGAUAGUAGCCAGAAACCUGAUGACAGGGACUUAAAUUUAUUAUAUUGAAAGAAAGAGAAAUCCAGAGAUGGGUGGAUGCACCCUAGUUCAACAGUUCAAUUCUGUCAAGACAGCUGUUACUGAAAUUCCCUUGGCCUUUUCCUGAUGGUUCCAUAAUGCUAUGUCAGCUCUUAGCAUUACACUGGGGGAGAAAGGGA